UGGCUUUUCUUUUGGAUUUCCGCAACGACAGAUAGAAACAAGACAACAACAGCAUCGCGCUUCGUUCCCCCCGCGGCGAGACUGUCGCCCCCCGCCGCACUCAUGUGGUGGCCAUUCAGCAUCUUCUUCAGCAGCAUCUUCCUCUUCGCCAUCGUCCUGUCCAUCCCCGUCGCCUUCGAUGUGGGCGGGCGAGACAGCGGGCUGGCCUACAGCCUGAGCCUGUCCAUCUUCUACAUCUUCUACUCGGCCAUCCGACUGGCUACGCCCGAGACUUCGCGCAUCCGCUGGACCAUUGUGUCGCUGCUGAGGCUGGCGCAAUGGUUCGUCAUCCCGUCGCUGCUGAUCUGGGCGCUGGGCAAGUUCGCCGUGGACGCCGAUGACGCGAGCUGGGUGGAGAGGACCUUUGACGGCGUCUUCCACUCCAAGAGCACAAGCUGGACCGAGUGGAUGUUUGGCAAGGAGGGCGUGCUGGAGACGGUUAUGCUGGGCUCGUGGGACAACGUGCUGCGCUAUUCGGGCCCCGUCUUCCAGCUGCUUGAGGGCUUCUGCACGCUGCUCGUGAUCCAGGCGGCAGGACAGAUUACUCGAUGGCUGGUCAACAGAGGGAGGAGCGAUACCUGGGUGAUCUUCUUGCUUGCGUUUUCCGGCUCCAUCAUUGCCAGCGCUGUCUAUUUCCUGUGGCGUGUUGCUCAGUUUCCCCAAAUCAGCAACAUUGAUGCCACGCUCAUUGGUGCCACAAUGACCACGGCCGUGUUUCUCUGCGCCUACGGCAUUGGCAGCGGUCGCGGCAGCCCUGUCGAGUCAUCGCUUCUCUUUGCUUACGUCGUGCUCUGUGUCUACCAGAUCUUUACCGACUACCUUCCUUCUGACGGCACCUAUUCGGCCGAGGACCAGGCAUCGUCUCAGCCAGAAAUCCCUCCGCUGCCGCCCAUCAUCAUGGCCUCGUACUCAACCUUGCUUCACAUAGUUAGCACUCUCCCUGGCGCUCUUCACUCUUCGCUCGCCCUAUUGUACGCCGCUUUCCAGACUAUUACGCCGUCCGUCAUCAUCUCCCUCGCAUACCGUCUCUUCGUCUUCUACUGCGCCACUCGUAUCAUUCCUUCGGUACGGGACCUGGGUGCCCGAGCCAUGCUGCACGAGCCUGACUGGGAUGAGUCAGAAGCGGCGUCAAUGUUCCUCAGCAUUCUCAGCUACUUUUCGCCGACAAUUUUGAUAGCUGUCUACACCAGCUUGCUGUUACAACACUUUUCGACCAGCGAGGGGCCAGAUGGAUGGACGCUCAGGGGCGGAGACGUGGGCGGCAGCACUUGGCGAUGGAUCAACGUAGGACUGACGAUGGUCCUGUACGGUAUAGAACUUACGCUCAGCACAGACGACCAAGAUCAUUGGAAGGUGGAUUGAAGUGGCACAGGAGAAACAAAAAGGAGAAAUCAAAACAGGAGAAGGAACGCGGCUUGAACCACAGUUGGCCGUUUGACCGAUGGGAAAAAGGAGGGGACUACCACCAAUCGCCAUGGAAGGAGGACAUUACCUACAAAGAGCGAAUCAGGGGCGGAUUACUGCAUGUACGGAAGUGGAAACAUGCGAAAUAUCUGCUUCACCACGAGAAACGAGAUGUUGCACCUUGACUUCUGCAGUUCGUCAGUUCAGCUACUACCUUUGUUACAAGGGGGGAGCAUAUAGAGCGAGCAAAUCCUUUUUCGAUGCUCUUGUUAUCUUGUUAGACAGCACUAUAUGAAUACCUUAUUUGAAGCUGCUAUUUU